AUGAUAUUAAAUGAAGUUUUACUUUUCUUACUUGCAUUGAUUGAUGUCGGUGCUAUUUUAUUUGUUUUAGUUUAUUUCAUAAUUACUCUCUCAGACUUGGAAUGUGACUACCUGAAUGCUAAUGAGUGCUGCGAGAAGCUCAACUAUUGGUUGUUGCCGAAAUAUAUCGCGCAUACGUUCAUCACAUUUUUCCUGCUUCUGCACGGUCAGCUGCUCCUGUUCCUCGUGAACCUGCCCCUCUUCAUCUGGUUGACCUACGAGCUGUUCACCAUCCCGCAGGGGAACCUCGGAGUCUAUGAUCCCGCAGAGAUACACAACCGCGGACAGCUAAGGAAACACUUGCGCGAUGUUAUGAUCUACAUUGGGUACUACUUGAUAUUUUUCUUCAUAUAUCUGUACUGCUUCAUAUUGGCCCUGCUCAAAGGCGACCCUCUUCAGAGACACGCCGAUGACCAAAUUGUGACUGAAAUCUAA